AUGGCAAAAUCGACUGAUAACAAUCAGGAAGUAUCCACUAUUAUUAGUGAUAGUAAUCAAAGUACCAUGAACGAAGAUGAGGAGGCUAUACAUUUUCGGAAAGUAAUUGGUGCAUUUCUAUACUACAGAACAUCGGCUCGAAAUCGCGUUCGUCGCGCAUUCUAUUCAUAUGGUCGGUUACCUGAAGCACAUAAACGUCUUGUGCCUAAAUAUGAAAGUUAUCUUAGUCAAUUACUCAAAUGUAUUGAUCAGAAUGAUUCACUCAUUCGACAGAUGCUUACUGGCUGUGAACAUUUAUUUAACAAUUAUUCAAUGCCUUCAAGUUGCAAUGAUACGAAUCACAAGUCAACUGAACAAGACUCCUUGCCACCGCCAUCUGGUGUGACGUCAAUGGAUAUGGAUAAAGUGAAAACAACAAUAAAACAAUUCGUGCGUGAUUGGAGUACAGAUGGUGAACAAGAAAGACUCGUUUGCUAUGCGCCAAUUAUUGAAGAAGUUAAAAAACGUUUUCCAAUUAUUCCUACAACGAAUGAAGAUGGUUCUAUAAAUAAUUUUUCAUCUACUCAAAUUCUUGUUCCUGGUGCUGGUCUUGGUCGUCUUAGUUGGGAAUUUGCUCGACUUGGCUAUGCAUGCCAAGGCAAUGAAGUUAGUCUAUAUAUGCUUAUCGCGUCGCAUUUUGUAUUGAACAGAUGUUCGCAUAUUAAUGCUCAUACAAUUCAUCCAUGGAUACUUAAUUUUUGUAAUAAUCUAUCAAAUGAAGAUCAAUUACGUUCGGCUCAAUUUCCUGAUGUUAAUACAGCUUCAUUGCCAUCCAAUUCUCGAUUUAGUAUGUCAGCUGGUGACUUUCUUCAAGUAUAUAAUGAACCAAAUGAUUGGGAUUGUGUAACGACAUGUUUUUUUAUUGAUACAGCUCAUAAUAUUGUUGAAUACGUAGAGCGGUUGUGGAAAAUUCUGAAAUCAGGUGGCGUAUGGAUUAAUUUUGGUCCUUUACUGUAUCAUUUUGAAGAUAUUCCAAAUGAAAGUUCUUUCGAAUUAAGUUAUGCAGAUUUACGAACAGUCAUUCUUAGUUAUGGCUUUCAAAUAGAGGUAGAAAAAUCACCCAUUCGAGCAGGCUACAUUAAAAAUGAUCGAUCAAUGCUUCAUUAUGAAUAUGAUUGUGUCUUUUUCGCUGCAGUAAAACCUUAA